CUCACACCACAGAGCAUUGAUUUCGGAGAGGAGGGAAAUUGAGAACCGCAAGCUUAAAUACCGCACUCUCUGUGCCGGCCUCAAACGGAGAGCAGCGGCUGCGAUUCAACGCCCCGUACUCUCUCUCCUCAAAAUCUCUAUACAUAUAGAGAGAGAAAGAGAUAGAUAGAGAUAGAGAGAGAGAGAGAGGUGUAAAAUCGCAGGAGGUGAAGGAACUCGAAGAACCUUUCUUCAGGUUAGUGAACAAUGGGUGCAGGUGGCCGAAUGUCUGUUCCUCCUGAGGGAAAGAAGUCAGACCGUGAUGUCAUCCGGCGAGUUCCUUACUCAAAACCUCCAUUCACAGUUGGCGAGAUCAAGAAGGCCAUACCACCCCAUUGUUUUCGUCGAUCUGUUCUCCACUCAUUCUCCUACGUUGUUUAUGACUUGAUCAUAGCCUUCCUGUUCUACUAUCUCGCCACCAAUUACAUCCACCUCCUUCCUCAACGUCUCUCGUACCUUGCCUGGCUGGUUUACUGGAUCUGUCAAGGUUGUGUCCUAACCGGUGUUUGGGUCGUAGCCCAUGAGUGUGGCCAUCAUGCCUUCAGUGACUACCAAUGGCUUGAUGACACAGUCGGUCUCGUCCUUCACUCUGCUCUCCUUGUUCCUUACUUCUCUUGGAAAUACAGCCAUCGCCGCCACCAUUCCAACACAGCUUCUCUAGAGCGCGAUGAGGUGUUUGUUCCCAAACUCAAGUCCAGCAUUGGAUGGUAUUCCAAAUAUCUUAACAACCCACCUGGCCGAAUUCUCACAGUCAUCAUCACACUGACUCUAGGCUGGCCGCUAUACCUAAUGUUCAACGUUUCAGGCCGACAUUAUGAUCGUUUUGCAUGCCACUAUGACCCUUAUGGCCCUAUUUACUCAGAUCGCGAGCGCCUUCAAAUCUACCUCUCUGAUGCUGGUGUUCUUGGAGUUAGUUAUGUGCUUUAUCGGUUUGCACUAGUAAAAGGACUAGCUUGGGUACUCUGUCUUUAUGGCGGUCCUCUUCUCAUCGUGAAUGGGUUUCUUGUGCUGAUCACGUGGCUGCAGCACACUCACCCUGCAUUGCCACACUACGAUUCAUCUGAGUGGGACUGGUUGAGAGGAGCUCUAGCCACAUGUGACAGAGAUUAUGGAAUUCUAAACAAGGUAUUCCAUAAUAUCACUGAUACUCAUGUAGCCCACCAUUUGUUCUCAACAAUGCCACAUUACCAUGCAAUGGAAGCCACAAAAGCAAUAAAGCCGAUUUUGGGAGAUUAUUAUCAGUGUGAUGGGACUCCGGUUUUGAGGGCAAUAUGGAGGGAAGCAAAGGAGUGCAUUUAUGUUGAGAAUGACGAAAGUGACCAAACCAAAGGUGUUUUCUGGUACAAAAACAAGCUUUGAAUGGCGGAAGAAAUUGCAGGCGGGGAAGUUUUGGUUUCUUGUUAGGGACUAAACUCCCAUUUCCUGGUAAAAGUUAGGUUGUUUUUGUUGUUUUUGUACUGAAUCUCUAAUUUUAGAUUAAUUAUUUUUGUUGUUCACUACAUGCUUGGAACAUUGCAAACUGGUGAAGUUUGAAGGACCUGUGUUGGGUUUUGAUUUUUUGAUAUUUUCAAAUGUCGGUAUCAAUUUCACUGAAUUUCACGGAAUUGUAAUGUGAAAAGGUUGUUUAAAGAAUAAAUUUUAUUGGCCACAGGAUUGCACAUUAAAUAAAUAGUAUCACUAUCACA